AUGUCCUCCAGGCACUUUAGCAAAAGCGUGUCCACGCGCCUCAUGGCGCUUUUGUGGGCAAUGCUACUGUUUUCAGCCAACACAGUAGCCGGAUCCAAACUACUUGGAACAAGUGCUCUACUUUCGUGUAUGGAAAACUCCCAGUUCCAGGCCAAAAGCUUCAAUGUCUUGUUUGAUGGUGACCAGGGGGUUGCAAACAUUUCUGCAUCCGCGAUUUCGAACAUUGAUGGCAAUUUCACAGCUCGAGUUCAGCUUAUUGCGUAUGGAAUCAAUGUAAUCACUAAAGACAUUAACUCCUGCUCGGUGUCCAAAACGCUCUGCCCGAUUGCUCCGGGACAUUUUGAAGUCGACACUACAUUCGACAUCCCCAAAAGCGUUACGAAGGCGAUUCCGGGCAUCGCAUACACUAUGCCUAACUUGGAUGGUGUUGUGCGUGUCAGGGUUUACCAGAGCAACUCCUCUGAUCCCAUUGCCUGCGUGGAGGCCCAACUCGACAAUUUCAAGACCGUGCAAACGCGAUGGGCUUCGUGGGGCCUGUUUAUUGCCAUCAUCAUUGGGAUCAUUGUAGCGGCAGUUAUGUCUAUGCUUGGCCAUAUUUCUACUGCAUCGCACAUCACGGCAAACAUUGUGUCGUUGUUCUCAUACUUCCAGUCGGUGGCUGUGAUUGGCAUGAUGGCAGUUUACCGCUUGCCUCCAAUUGCAGCGGCAUGGGUCGAGAACUUUGUUUGGACCAUGGGUGUUAUCGAGACUGAGUUUAUGCAAAAGAUUUUCACCUGGUAUGUGCGGUCUACGGGGGGAACACCUACCAACAUUUUACCCAACAAGCAAAUUAUUUCUAUUGCAGUUUAUCGUCACCGCAAACGUGCGCUGGAAAUGACUGCGAAAGUUUUGCGCAGACUCCAGUUAUGGAAAGGUGUCGAGUUCAUUCGUGGACUCGAGCCUGUUCAGCAGGUAGGCAAGCACGAGCUCACUCGUCGGCUUGUCUCUACGAAUUCGAAUUACACAACCACAAAUGAGAAGGAUCCAAGUCUUGUGAACAAGACCUUGGUCUUGCAGGGAAUCAAACGUGUCGCGUUCAUGGCAAAUAUUGAAUUGACCAACCUGUUUCUGACAAGCGCUGUCUUUUUCUCUUUCAUUGGUCUGCUUAUUGUGGUCCUGCUUGGAUCGCUCAAGCUCAUUCUUGAGUUACUUGUCAAAACUGGCAGUAUCAGCAACGAGUCUUUCUUGCCUUAUCGCCAACAAUGGCAUGGGUACACCCGAGGUGUCCUGUACCGUUACUUUUUGAUAAGUUUCACUAUGCUCUCGGUCAUGUGCCUCUGGGAGUUCACAAACGAUUCAUCAAUUGCCACAGUUAUUACUGCAGCCGUUGUUUAUGCCGUGGUUGCCGCAUCGCUUCUGUUUGCUACCACCAAGGUUGUUUUACUCGCUCGUAAAUCCACCAAAAUGUUCCAGAACCCGGCCUACAUUUUGUACGGUAAUAACGAGAUUCUGAAUCGCUGGGGCUUCCUGUAUGUUCAGUAUCGUGCAACCCAUUAUUGGUUCCUGAUGCCCUUUAUCGGCUACAUUUUUGUCAAGUCGGCAGUUAUUGCUUUUGGUCAAGCGAAUGGUAAAGUUCAAGCAGUCCUUAUUUUCGUUGUGGAACUGAUAUACAUGGUUGCCUUGUGUUGGUUCAAGCCAUAUAUGGACAAGAAGACAAAUGGCUUUAACAUUGCCAUUUCCGUCAUCUGCUUUGUGAACUCGAUUUUCUUUUUAUUCUUUAGCCAGCUUUUCGGUGAAAAGGCCGAUGUUGCUGCAUCCAUCUGUGGUGUUGUUUUCUUCAUUUUGAACGCCGUGGUUUCCCUGGUUCUGCUGAUUAUGAUCAUUGUCGCAUGCGUCUGGGCCGUUGUUCGUCGCGAACCUGAUAGCCGUUAUCAGCCCAUGCGUGAUGAUCGCGACGCGUUCAUGUCAGAUGUUGGCGAAAAGACAGGCAACAAUGAGCUUGAUGCAUUGGCUAGCACAGCUCGUGAUGGAUACAGAGAGUCUUUCGUGCAUUAUACCCACGACAAUUCAAGCUGGGCAGACGAUGCUGCAUCCCGUAGCCUUUAUGGUAACGAGCCUGAACCUGCAGUUACCAGGUACCCCACUAAUGACCAAAAUCUGGAUAGUGACUACCCUCUGUAUCGUCACCACCAAGCAGCUGGUGCCGCGGGCGGACUUGCACCCCAGUCUUACAGCUAUGGCAAUGACUACAGCGACGGACUUUUGAACGACGACAACAACAACAACAACAACCACCGUUACGCAUGA